GGCCCUCGACCACGAUGCGCGUGCUCACGUCGAGCGGUUGCGUGGGGACCGCCUCGAAUAACUUGCGCUUGUCCUCGUCUGUGAAAGUGGCGCGGCCACGCGAGCGGCUGAGCGUCUCGUACGCAGCGGGGUGGACUGUACCGGUUAUGUUGUUGAUCUGGAGAAAAUUGUCAGGGAUGACGACAUACUUCCAUGGGAGAUGAUUUACGUACAGUGCACACGCGAAAGCUUAACGUACUCUCUGCCUCACUCUCUCGCGCCGCGUGGCGAGUCAGGGGGGAUCGGAUGGAAUUUGGGAGUGGGGCAGAGUCUCUCGGCGAUAUAAGUUAUGGUAGGGGGGAGAGGUGGGUAGAGGUGUGGUCACGGGGAAGCACAGUAAGGUUGGCGCAUUGUUGCCUCUCUGGCAAUGUUGAGUUUGAGGAGCGGAAAGGUGAGUCGUUGUCCUUGGGAUGGGGUACGGCAAACGGUACGGUGUUGGUACAGUAA